UAAAGAUCAUUAUAUUAAUUUUGAUCCUACUACCAAGACGUUUCACUUUGAUAUAGAAAGUUAAAAAAUGUGUAUAAUUCACAUCCUAUAAAUAGAUCUAGAUCUACUUAUAAUAAGAGAAACAGUGUUGCAGAUAUAAUUAUCUGUAAUAGAUCUGACAUAUCUUAAUUUCUAGUCUAGAUAUAUCGUCAAUAGAUCAAUUCUCGGGCUAUGGAUUCUUCGGUCAAGCACCAGCACUACUUCGAGCCUAACCGUGAGAUCACCCCUCAGUCAAAGAAACCCAAACUCUCUCCAGUGCUCGUGGCUGUGUUGAUAUUAACCUGUGUAGCUCUGCUCAUUACAGCUGUGCUGGCCAUUAGUAUUGGUGUGGGAAUCUCUACCACACAGCAGCAACAGGUCUCUGGACUUCAAAAUGUGUUCAUAUCUAAUAACAAGCUUGAAGGGGAGUAUUAUGGUGCCCAAGGUGGUAUUCAUUUCCAGAGUACAGUGAACGACACCCACUUUUACUACAUAGUGAGCACGGCAGAUGGCGAGUUGAUUGUAAUGAUGGUGCAUCCGAGGGAAUCACCCAUGAUCAUGAUGGAAGUGAAUAGCACAGCCUUUCUUUUGAUGAAAAAUGAACAGGCUUCUAAUGAUGAAUACGUUAUUCCCGAAAGCAACAUAGACACAAUGGAAUCCAUUAUGAUGGGUUAUGAGAAUAUGACCACUGAAAUCCUUGAAAAGAUGGACAAUAAGACAGUUGCCAAAAAAUCCCAUGAUUCUCUGAAAAACCUUUCAAUGAGUCCGCAAGCAAAACUGAUUAUCAAAGCUGCCCUGGCCCUAGGUAAUACUGGAAUUAAAGGAGAGGACUCUCAAGCUGUAAUGAAGUUCUAUGUGUUUGCUCUAAAGCUAUCGAAUGCAAGAGCUAGUGUAGAGACUGCUCCAACAAUGCCUAGUUAUUCAAGUAAGAGUAGUAAUCUGCGACAGAGAAGGACUGUGAAUUGUCCGGCAAAUGACGCUCAAUGUGGAGCAGGGCAGUGCCCUUAUUCCAAAUACGACAAUGAUUGCCAUGGGAUGUGUGGCCUAGGUUGCGAUUGUUGGAGUUUUGUGUGUGGUGAUUGCUGCGUUCACAACUUCUGUGAGUCACACGAUGAGUGUUGUUUCCAAGUAGGUUUUUUCACCUUUACUUGUUUUAGUGUUGCUUUUGAAAUAUUUUGGAGUAACUGCUACGAUAUAUUUGAAUGUUAUUAACGUUGUGUGUUUUUACACACUACUAUACAUUGCUGGAACUGUAUCAAAUAGUGAUUAUUGUACUGGUGUGACAUGCAUAAUUGUAUUAGCUACCUGUGCCAUGCAUGGGUUCACUCGUUUUGUGCUGACUCAUUAAUUUUUUAUCAAGAAGUUUAUAAUGAC